AUGGAAACGUCGCAACGACUUGUAUCCAUGUUGAAAACUUUUGCACGAGGCCGUGCCACAAUUGAGGAGUUAGAAUACACGGCAGAAUUGCUCAUUGCAAUCUUAGAAGAAGAAGAAGUGACGGUUCAAGACCGAUCGAAGCUCGUUGCUGAGUUUGUUGAAGUUUUUGACGAGACAGAGUUCUUGGAUGUAUCUCAUGUAUCUUCAAUUGCAAAGGAAGCUGUAGGUAUUUUAUUAGGUGAAGAAGAUGGUGAUGAUCGUCAGGAUAUUCAAGAGACUUACACAGAUAACAAGAGACGUCUUCUUCGCAAAGAGCGACUAGAGACGCAGUUUGCUAUUGGAAAGACGUGUUUAGUUGUGUUAGAGGAGGAUCAUGCGUGGCAUCCAGCACGGAUUACCAAGCACGUUCAAGAUGACGAUAGUGACGACGAGAAUACAAUGACCGUCGAUCGUCCUAUUGUAGUGGAAGUUGAAUUCAUUGAGUUUGGCAAGAAGCAGAUUGUCCAAGAGGACGAAGUGGUGAUGGAUGAAGACGUGGCUGGGCGAGAAGAGGCUGAAGAUAUGACGGGAUUGUGUGAGAUGUGCGAGCGUGCUAUGAAUCUGACGGCCCAUCACUUGAUUCCGCAAGUUACUCACUCAAAGUAUUUGCGCAAGGGUUACACGAAAGAGUUUCUCAACACGUGCAUCAUGAUUUGUCGCCAGUGUCAUAGCAAGAUUCACUCCGUUGAAGAUAACAAGACUCUAGCAAGCGAGUACAACACCCUCGAUAAGAUUAUGCUGCACCCAGACGUCAUCGCUUGGGUUGCAUAUGCCCGGAAGCAAAAGGCUCGUAUCAAGCCUCGGAAGCAAAGCAAAUGGCCCGUAGGCAAGUGA